GGUUCCGUACAGCGGCCUAGGAGCAAACACAACAUGGCGAAGGCCGGCGGGACGAGUGGCGGUGGCGGAAAGAAAAGCCUCAAAAGGAAAGCCGCUGCCCAAGAACCUCAGGAGGCUACGGUGGUCGCUGGAGAUGCGGCGACGGAAAACGGGGUCCCGCCGCCGAAGGCAGCAGCCUUUCCGCCAGGCUUCAGCAUCUCAGAGAUCAAGAACAAACAGCGACGACAUCUGAUGUUCACGCGGUGGAAGCAGCAGCAGCGGAAGGAAAAGUUGGCAGCUAAGAAGAAGCUUAAAAAAGAGAGAGAUGCUCUUGGUGAUAAGGCUCCACCAAAACCUGUACCCAAGACAAUUGACAACCAACGAGUUUAUGAUGAAACCACUGUAGAUCCUAAUGAUGAAGAGGUUGCUUAUGAUGAAGCCACAGAUGAAUUUUCUUCUUACUUCAACAGACAAACCUCUCCCAAAAUUCUUAUCACUACUUCAGAUAGACCUCAUGGGAGAACAGUGCGACUUUGUGAACAGCUUUCCACAGUUAUACCAGAUUCACAUGUUUAUUAUAGAAGAGGACUGGCUCUGAAGAAAAUUAUUCCACAGUGUAUCUCAAGAGACUUCACAGAUCUGAUUGUUAUCAAUGAAGAUCGUAAAGUACCAAAUGGACUUAUUUUGUGUCACUUGCCAAAUGGUCCAACUGCUCAUUUUAAAAUGAGCAGCGUUCGGCUUCGAAAAGAAAUUAAGAGAAGAGGGAAAGACCCUACUGAACAUGUACCUGAAAUCAUUCUGAAUAAUUUUACUACACGGCUGGGUCAUUCAAUUGGACGUAUGUUUGCUUCCCUUUUCCCCCAUAACCCUCAAUUUAUUGGAAGGCAGGUUGCUACAUUCCACAAUCAGCGAGAUUAUAUCUUCUUCAGAUUUCACAGAUACAUAUUCAAGAGUGAAAAGAAAGUGGGAAUCCAGGAACUUGGGCCACGUUUUACCUUAAAACUAAGAUCUCUACAGAAAGGAACCUUUGAUUCUAAAUAUGGAGAGUAUGAAUGGGUCCACAAGCCACGGGAAAUGGAUACAAGUCGAAGAAAGUUCCAUUUAUAAAAUACUGGAGGGAUAGUAUUAGAUUUUGCUGUAAAAGCUUAUCUUGAACUUGAUCAAUUAUUUGAUCUAACAUCCUUUUCAAAUGGUCUUUCUUGAGUUCAUAGGCCAGUCAUGUCAAAAAUAAUGCCAUAAGUUCUAUUGUAUUUUUAUUUAGCAAUUACAAAUAAAAGUAUUUUGGGUAUGGGC